AUGGACCUACGCUCGCGGUCACCCAAACGAACAGACCCCACUGGACUUCUGCGGACUUUCCAGAAGGAUAUAGAUGACAUUCGAAAUUUAAUCUAUUGCGGAGUGUGUGUCAGACCACUCUAUGAACCAUUCACACUUGGCUGCGGGCAUACAUUUUGCUACAGCCUUCUUGCGCAGUGCCUUACUCAGUGGUUUGUGAACCACCAACGAAAAAAGACAUGUCCGGAUUGCCGAGCUGCGGUGUGGUCGGAACCUGCACCUGCCUACAUGAUUCGUAACAUCGUGCAAAUGUUUAUAACCCGGCCCGAGCUCCUAGACAAAGACGAAACAACAGCCGAACAUCUGAAGAAUCAGCGUGCCGAAACAGAGAAACUGGACUUGGAUAAGAAAGAUUUGGAAUCUGGAGGCUUAUUCCAAGGAUGUUUCCGACAUACGGUGAUCGGCGGGGUGCCAAUCGAGGAUCUUGCUGACGGGGUCGAACGCUGUCCUAGGUGUACGUGGGAAUUGGAAGACGGCGACUGUAUCCAUUGUGGCUUUAUAAGAGACCAGUUCAGUGAGGACGAUUAUUAUGAUUCCGACAGUGAAACAGCAAUGAUGGAGGUCUUUGGAGAUCCCGCAUAUGCCUCUAGGUUUGAUAGUGAGGAGCUUAUGAUGAUGGAUGAUCCUAUCGACAAUGAAUCUUACAUGGACGAUGAGCGCCACUUUUACAGCUUAUCCGAUUCUACGAGCUCUCGUUCUGAAGAUGAAGACUCGGAUGACAUGGGCUCUUUCAUCGAUGACGAAGAGGACGGAGAAGAGGAAGAUGAAGAGCGAGGAGAGGAAGAAUAUGAGGAGGAUUCGGACACGACUACGCCGACUAUCGUAGGCAAUAAUGACUAUUUGACCGAGGAUUCACUUCAGUCGCCUACCACUGGCGAUAGGGAUAUGCCAAGUGAAAUUGCUGAUAGCAUGUCCGAGGGGGCGAGCGAGCACGUGUUUGAGGGCUUGUUUGGGAAUGCCACGGUCAUAAAUCUUGACGAUGAUGACGAGGAUGAUGAACCCGUUCGAAUGACGUCCCGUCGAAGGCGCCAAAUCUCGCCUUCCAGUGCUUCUGGCUCGCACACCACUGUACCACGAUCACAAGCGAGUCCUACCCCUUCGACGCACGACAGUUCUUCAGACGAACCUCGUGGUCCGGUGAGAAGAAGAAGAAGGCAAAGACGAGUAGGGAUUUAUCUUGAGGCACCCUAUUCGCAUAGACGAGGAAACCGCAGCCCUGGGUCAUGCUGAAAUAACGGCUCACUUCUCGACAUCGUAUCGCUUCGGGGUCGAUCUAUUUUACCAAAGCCGACGACGCGAAUGAUACCUUGUUCCGAUCCCCCAUUAGCUUAAGUAGUUUAUGAUACGCCUCCUCGUUUGAGAGAUAGAUAAGGCUCCUAGCGCCGAGGAUGAGUUCCUGGAAAUUUUCUCUUUUCAAUUCCGUGAAUGGCGUCAGCUUACAUAGGAUUGGUUAACAUAGGCGGUAACAGGGCAUGGAGAUGGAUUCGUAUGGCGUUGGGAAACUCGAAAAGGCACAUCAGUCAAGGCAAGAAUUUUAUCUGGGUCUCAUUAUCAGCAUUUUACUUCAUCAGUUAUUCCAUCCUGCUUUGUAUUUCAACUCAAGCUUGUAUCCUUGAGAUAAUGUUGCGGCAUUAUGCAAUGGUGCC